UUCAGUGUCUUCUAUGCCCCAUCUUCAAAGCUGUACUUUCACUGCUCAUUAUCCAGUCCACAUUUCUGCACUCAGAGCGCACCACCAUGCAUGUUCUACAAUGUUCUCUUCUUCUGCUUCUCACCUUGUUUCAAGCAACAGCUUGCUCAGGCAGUUACAUCAUAGGAGGCCGAGAGGUCAAAAAACCUAAACCAUGGAUGGUCUCGGUCCAGGUCGGGAGUUAUCACGUCUGUGGAGGAACUCUUAUUCAGCAGCAGUGGGUUCUGACAGCUGCACACUGCAAAUUUGUUCCCAAAUCUAAACCAACGACAGUGCUUGUAGGUGCUCACUCUCUGACAAAGGACAAAAAUGUUGAGCGAGUCAAAAUCCUGAGCUUUCACAUCCCUGAAACGUACAGUAAUAAAACUAAGGUUGAUGACAUCAUGCUGCUGAAGCUCCAAAACAAAGUCCAGCUUAGGAAAAACAAAGUGGAAGUGAAGACGAUUCCCAAGUCGAGCACAGACGUCCCAGCAGGGACAAAAUGUGAAGUGAGAGGGUGGGGAACCACUCAGGUAGAACAGCCUAAAUACAGCGACACCCUGCAAGAGGUGGAGGUGACGGUGGUGGACAGGGAACUGUGUAACUGCUUCUACAACCGCAACCCUGUCAUCACUAAUGACAUGCUGUGUGCAGGAAAUAAGCAGGGGAAGAAAGAUGCAUGCUGGGGGGAUUCUGGCGGACCUCUGGAGUGUAAGAAAAGCAUUGUUGGUUUGGUGUCAGGAGGAAAUAGCUGUGGCAAUCCCAACAAACCUGGUGUCUACACUCUUCUCUCCAAGAAACACAUUUCCUGGAUUAACAAGACACUUAAAGAGCAAUCGAACAGCACAGAGGUUUAGAAACAUAACAUUUAUCAAUGCUUGCAGUAUAUAUGGUGUCAUAUACAGUAUCAAUUGGCAUAUACACCAUGUAAUAUUUACUUGCUCUUUGGCUUUCUUUUAUCUUUUACUUCACGCAUGAACAGUACAGCAAAACAAAGAAAGAAAGAAAGAAAGAAAAAAGCAAUGGUCACUUAACUAUAAAUGUACUCGAUCAGCCAAGACAUGUUUGGGGUCUUGAAAGCUGCGUCUUAUUUUUGAAGAAAUAUGGAGCUAUGGUUGUUUUUGUCAGUGACUUUGUCCUUUUGUCCAUGUUUUUUUAGCGUGUCUUACAGAGUCAGAAACCACAUUAGCAAGUCUUCUUGAGACUCUUUACAACUCCUUACAACAAAGCUGAUUGUGGUGACACACACUGUGGGAUGAUUUGCACACAUACAUUUAAUACACCAUGCUAAACUGGUGGCCAUAAAUUUCUAUUACUUGCUAGCAACAUUAGCCUCAUUCCCAUUAAAAACUAAAGAAGCAAUCUUUAGACAUGUUUUUGCUGAAACAAGGGAUUCAUUGGUAAUUCUGAGCAAUACUGGAAAAAGUCAGAUAAACAAGAUACUGUAAGUAAGGAAUAAAACACUGUGUGUGGUGCUGUUACAGGAAAAUAAUCACUGUAAUGGUUUUGUUACCACGCCAAAGAAACAGCACGUCCCCAAGUGUUUUAGUCCACUUGUAACACAGCAAUUUGCCAAUGAGCUUAAUUAUUUAUUUUUUAAAGAACAUCACAUCAUACUUUUAAUCCAUUUAUAGUUACAUUUAAUGUUGUGGAAUGUCUGUGAAACAAGUUAGUCAUUCUCUCACCAGCCUCUUGUUUUUCUCCCUGUUGAAGUUAAUAAAAUAAAUUAAAAAAAAGAAAAAAAACCCAAUGAAACUUGUCAUGUUGCUAAGAAACUGCAAAGCGUAAAUUCCUCUGUCAUGCAGACUUUCCCAUGUCAGAAAACUUAGUUACGGCUUUAUCUUUGACUGUUACAAAGCGUUGACACUGGAGAUUCAUUCCACAAAUAUUAAAUAAAUGUGUAAAGUUUGUGUAAAAACAGUGUAAUUGUAAAAAUAAAAGUUUGUCCUUGCAGAAAACUUCACUAUAUGAAUGAUUACACACGUUGCCAUACAAGUCGCUGUGCAUGAGCUGUUACUAUAGAAACAAUAAAUAAAUAAAUAAAUAUGUGAGUUGCAGCUAUA